ACUGCUGGGCAGUUGCUUGCAUUCCAAUCGAUUCAUUCGACUGUUGGACGCGUGGGAGCGUGAUUUCACAGUCAUGGCUGCCUCCACGUCUACUGAGGGUGGGAAAACACUCAGGCCUGCUGAGCUUGAGAUCCCUGCCGUACGACCCGUCCCUACACGGGUAGAUACCAAUGGCACAGAUAUCGACGACUACUUUGUUGGUCCUCGUGACAUGUCUAAGCACUCCAAAUGGCCCUUCUUCCUUCGAAUGCACGGCUCAGUGCUUCCUAAAAUGAUUCUCCCGUUAUGUGUCGUUUCUCUCUGGUCUUCACUCAUCACUUGCAUUUGCGAAUUCGUUUACCCUCUCAAGGUAAACAGCUUGUUGCUCACUGUUCUCGGUUUCGUCGUCGGUAUGGCCAUCUCCUUCCGAACGUCCUCCGCAUACGAACGUUACACUGAGGGUCGAAAGUAUUGGGCACAGUUGGUUCUCGUCAGCCAGAAUUUGGCAAGGACCAUCUGGGUGCAUGCACCAGAACGUGAAGGCGAGUUUGCUAAAGAUGACUUGCUUGCUAAAGUGAGCGCUCUCAACCUCAUUGUCGCUUUCUCCCGGUCCCUCAUGCACAAGAUUCGAUUCGAGCCCGGUAUCGACUAUGACCGCCUCCGUGAACGCAUUGACUACUUGGACACCUUCGCCAAGGCUGCCGAAGCCCAUAUUCCCAAGCAGAAGGAAUAUGGCAAGAUGAAGGCUGUCGGCGAGUACCUUGGUGUAACCUUCGCCGAGUCCAACCCCAGGAAGCGGGUCAAGCGUUCUAAGAAGCCUCUCGGAAACUUGCCUCUUGAGAUUCUCACUCAUAUCUCCGCCUACAUCCACAGCCUGAUCGACAACGAAACCCUCAAGGUCCCCGCAUACCAGAAUCAAGCUGUCACAUCCACGGUAUUGCUCAAUGAGAUCCUCGUCGGUGUUGAGCGUGUUCUCCACACUCCCCUCCCCAUCGCUUACUCCAUCGCCAUCUCUCAAAUCACCUGGGUCUACGUCAUGAUGCUUCCCUUCCAGCUGUGGGCGCAACUUCGCUGGGUCACCAUCCCCGGCAGCAUCUUCGCCGCCUACAUCAUCCUCGGCAUUGCCGCCAUCGGACGCGAAAUCGAGAACCCCUUCGGCAACGACGUCAACGACCUGCCCCUCGAGGCCUUCUGCGAGGAACUGGAAAUGGACCUCGACAUCCUCAUGUCCCAGCCGGCUCCCGUGCCCCGCGAGUUCAUGAAGCGCAACGACAACAUGCCCCUCUACCCGCUCGACCCCAGCGGCUACAACUUCUGGAGCGAGAGGAGCAAGGCCGCCAUCCGCGAGGCGUUGAUGACCAAGACGAAGGCAGACAUGCGCGUCCGACGGAGUAUCAAUCCCGCGAGGCCAAGCGUCGCCGAGGAGAAACAGCCUGGUCCUGCCAACGAACACCAUGUUCACGCGGCGUAAAUAAUCCCUUCCCAAGCCCAUCCUUGCGGAUUCGAUUAUUCGUUCGGCAGAAGAGACGUUUUCAACAAGUAACAUAAAAUUGAUCCCACUCACAUGGUUCAGGGUCUGGUCGGCGUUCCACUCUCCCUCUCCCUAUAUCCCCACUUUAGCGUUUCCUCUCCCUAUCUCCACCUUCAAGUUCUCACCCCCCUAAAUGAACGGAUGGAACUACUUUCACCGAUCCUACUGGUUGCUUUUCUCUUAUUUUUU